AUGUCGUUUGGCGGUGGUGGUUUCGGAGGCUUCGGCCAGAACAACAACAACCAGCAACAGCAGGCGCAGCCCUCUGCUUUUGGCGGCUUCGGCCAGAAUAACACCACUGCAAACACAGGCUUCGGUGCUGCAAACACUGGAGGCGGUUUUGGCGGCAACGCUGGCGGCGGCGUUUUCGGCGGCAGCAACAACAAUACUGGCGGUGGCUUUGGCAGCGGAGGCGGCUUCGGCGCGAACAACAACGCGGGCGGUGCAUUCGGUGCCAAGCCCGCGUUUGGCGCUCCUGCGACGACGACCGGCAGCUCCAUGUUCGGCGGCACCACAGCCAACAACAGCACUACCACUGGCUUUGGGGGUUUCGGCGGCAGCACCAACACCAACGCGGCCUCGCCCUCAACCUUUGGUACCACCAACAAUACCUCUGGCGGCGUCUUUGGCGCGGCCAAGCCCACGGGUUUUGGCGCCUCGACCACCGGCAACUCCCUCUUUGGCGGCGGCGCCAACACCACCAACACGACUGGCGGAUUUGGCGCCAGUGCUGGCUUCGGUGGAAAUAAUACCUUAGGCGGCGGCGGCGGCGACCCCCCCGGUACCGGUGUUACUCCUUUCCAGGCUUUUACCGAGAAGGAGGGCACCACAGCCCAAUCCAACGUCUUCCAGAACAUCUGCUUCCAGGAUCCCUACAAGAAGUUUUCUGCUGAAGAGCUUCGACUUGUCGACUACGCCCAAGGUCGAAAGCAUGGAAACGCCAGCGGUACUGGCGCUUUUGGCGUUUCUUCUGGUUUUGGUGGCGGCUUCGGCGCGACCGCCAACAACAAUCAGGCGGCCGGUGGCUUUGGGGCCAAUACUGCGAGCAAUACUACUGGAGGCGGCCUAUUCGGCGGCGGCAACAAUAAUGCCACCACUGGCGGAGCUUUCGGCUCCGGAGGAACCACUGGUUUCGGAAACACCAAUACCACCGCUGGUGGCGGUCUUUUUGGAAAUGCCAAUAAGCCUGCUACUGGCGGCGGUCUGUUUGGUAGCGCCGGUGCGCAGCCACAGCAGACCAACAGUGUCUUUGGCGGCGGCGGCAACACAGGCGGCGCAUUCGGUGCCGCCAACAACAACAACACCGGUGGCGCGUUUGGUCAAGCUGCAACCAACACUGGGGGUGGCCUGUUCGGCAAUGCCAACCAGGCCAAGCCUGCCGGCACCGGCUUCGGCGCAUUUGGUCAAACUGCCAACACCAACACUACUGGUUCUGCUUUCGGUGGCGGCAAUACAACCGGCGGCGCCUUUGGGGCUGCGAAUACCACGACCAACACUAGCAGUGGUCUCUUCGGCGGCAACAACAACACCAACACUCAGCAAGCCGCCGGUGGUAUGUUUGGAAAUGCCAACAACACGAACACGCAGCAGAACAACACCAACUCGCCAUUCGGUGGAUUUGGCGGCCAGCAGAACCAAACACAACAGGCUGGCGGUGGCCUCUUUGCGAAUCAGAACAAGCCCGCGACCGGCGGACUCUUUGGCGGCGCCGCCCCUGCUGCCACCAACAACAAUGCCAGCGGAGGUCUCUUUGGCAACGCCAAUAACAAUCAGCAGCAGCAGACUGGCUCUACAUUUGGUCAAAGCAACUCCGGAAGUCUGUUUGGAGGAGCCAAACCUGCUAGUGGCGGUGGCCUCUUUGGAAACAGCACCAAUGCCCAGCCCAACACAUCUGGCGGCCUCUUUGGCGGCAGUGGUCUCGGUCAGAACAACACACAGCAGAACACGUCCGGUGGUCUCUUUGGUGCCGCAAACAACAACCAGCAGAAGCCUGGCGGUCUUUUUGGCAACCCGAGUCAGCCGUCUGGUGGCAGUGUCUUUGGUGGACAGAACAAUCAAAACCAGGGCUCUUCUCUCUUCGGUGGUGCCAGCAACAAUCAGCAAAACCAGCAGGGCUCGACCUUUGGUUCAUCUCUACUGGGCAACUCUCAGCAAAAUUCCAAUGCCCCCCAGGGUCUGACUGCCAACCUGAAUGACGUGUCGGCCUACGGUACGCCAGCUCUCUUUGCCAGCCUAGGUGGAAACGAGGCCCCCAACCCGGGACCUCUUGCCACACCACUCAGUGGCAACGCCAAGCCUCGCAAGAGUUCUAUUCUCCCGAUGUACAAACUCGCCCCUGCUUCCGCCUCGCGCUUCGCUACUCCUCAGAAGCGCGGCUUUGGUUUUUCCUACAGCAGCUAUGGCACCCCCGGAGGCAGCCCUGCUAGCAUCUCUAGCACCCCUAGCGGUCUUGGACGUAGUCUCCUCGGCUCCAGCUCUAGCGGAAACCUGAGCAAGAGCAUGUCUACCAACAAUUUGCGCCGCACCUUCAACAGCGAGGACAGUAUCCUCGCUCCUGGUGCUUUCUCGUCCAGCUCCAACACCCGCUGGUACGGAAGCACAGGAUCCAAGAAGCUUGUCAUCAACCGUGAAAUUCGCAGCGAUCUCUUUACUACGCCUCAGAAAGAUAAGCCCGCAGCUGAAGGCAAUGGUACCAACCGUAAACUGCUGAAGCGCGUCAGCUUCGACACGAGCAAUGUGGAUUCCGAGGAGACUACAACGCCGGUUCGCGCCCUGCCGGCGCCCGAAGACAGCCCCAGCACACAGGCUGAGGAUACUCCUCGCCAGCCCAAGCCUGCUGCCAAUGGAACAAAGUCGCCCGAGAUGGAGAAGGUGUCCAGCGGCAACGAACUCGCCAUUGUGCAGGAGGACAGCAAUGCCGCCGCUGCUGCCGUCGACGCUCACGCAAGCAGCGGCUUUGAGAAUGUUCCUGGCUCGUACUGGAUGCAGCCCAGCAAGGACGAGCUGCAGGGCAUGAACCGUAUUCAGCGGCAAAAGGUCGAUGGCUUCACGGUUGGUCGUGACAACGUUGGUGAAAUCAAGUUCAAGGUUCCUGUCGAUCUCAGCGGCAUUGAUCUGGACGAGAUCUGCGGUGGCAUCAUCCAGCUCGAGCCCCGAUCUGCCACUGUCUACCCCAUCACUGCUAAGAAGCCACCCAUGGGUAAGGGCCUCAAUGUUCCUGCCAGAAUCACUCUGGAGCAGUCUUGGCCUCGUGCUGGUGGACGUGAGAAGCGUAUCAGCAGCGACCCCAAGCGCUUUAUCAAGCACAUUGAGCGCCUGCAACGCAUUCCCGACACCACUUUUGAAAAUUACAACCAGGACACUGGUGUCUGGGUGUUCUCGGUUGAGCAUUUUACUACUUACGGUCUGGACGACGACUCCGACGAUGAGGACGAGACGGACGUCGAUUCCCAGCCCCGGGGUGAGAUGGAGGUCGAAGUUGCUCCCCAAGCCACUGCUGAGAUGACGGAUGCCCUGAGCGAGAGCAGCAGACAGCUUUUUCGUCGCUCAGGGGUGCCUGGUGCCUUUGAUUAUCAAGAAGCCUACGAGGAGCUGCCCCAAAAUCAGUCUUUUUUAGGGGUUAGCUCCGCGGAUUUGGCGCCCAGUGAUGUCAGACUGUCUCUAGAGAUGGAGGACGUUGACACGGGCGACGAAUAUGACGUGUCCGACGACGAAGACAUGGCGAGAGCUUUGUCCGGACCGCAUCAAGCCGCGGAGCUUGCAGAAGCCUCGUCGGAGGAUGAGCAGGAUACUAGAAGAGGUACUCCUGGCGGCAUCCUCAGAGCCAGAAUGCGAGCUAUCAAGGACUCGGUUGGUCCUGUUCGGCUCGAGGUGGCGGAUGGAGACGAUUGGGCGGAGAUGCUGCGUAAGACUGUCAGCCCGAUGAAGCGCGACAGACAAGAGCUCCGCGAACUGAACCAAUCGCCGUCCAAGAACGCUGGUGGACAGCAGGACGACAGCCUCCGGGCUUCUGCUUGGGGGCGACGUAGCAUGGCACGCACAGACAAGAAUGAAGGACUAGCAGCAAAUGCAGCACUGGAAAAGAGCCGCGGGUUUGCCACCAGUAUUGAUUUGAUGAAUUCCUUGUUCGAGAAGCCCAAGCCUAUUCGCGACAAUCGCGACAACAUGCGCGCUUCUCGCUCUGCAAAGGGAUUCCCCCAGUGGCCUUAUACUCGACAAGACAAGUCCUUCGACAUUGAUGAGAAAGAACGCGCUUUUCACAGCACCCCCCGAACUACGUGGGGUCCGAAUGAGACGCUUGUCGUGACUCAAGCACGCGGCACUCUAGAAUCAAACCGACUUCUAAGCGAUGAUGCCGAUAUCAUGAGCUUCCAGAACCUCGACGUGGGAACUGACACGAACGAUGUUCAUCUGGCCAAGUUUUCCAGCCAACCUUCCACGAAGUAUCUGCAAGCUCAGGACAAGCUGACCGACGUUCACGUGAUUGACGGUGCGCCUUUCGCUAUCCUUCGUCAAACAAGCCUCAAGGACAUUUUUCAUCAUCAAGAGAUGGGCGACCCGGCGAGCCUUCAAGAGAGGCGAGUCUGGGAUCUUGCCAACAUCCUCUUUGGUCAAGACUCUCCUUCCAAUCUACCCGAGCACAUUGCACGCAAGCAGAAGCUCUCCGAGUUCUGGACCGAGCUUGUUGAACAAGCCUCCUCCACAGCCAUCGGCAUGGCCGCGACCAGCGAAGACAAGGCGGUCGCUUGUCUCGCUGGCCAUCGAAUCACGGAGGCGUGCAAGCACCUGUUGGAGGGACAAAACUUUCGCAUCGGUACUCUAGUGUCUCUAAUCGGCACCAGCGAUUCAGCCAGAAAGGAGAUGAAGGAGCAACUCCAGUCGUGGCAAGACUCCAAGAUGCUGUCUGAAUUCCCAGAGGCAAUCCGAACGAUUUGUGAGGUGCUUAGCGGCAACGUUUGCGUCUGCGAAGGCCUGAAAGACGUCCCCGUCGAAGACCGCAUGGACUCGUUUGUCAUUUCGAAAAAGUUUGGCCUAGACUGGAGGCAAGCUUUUGGCAUGCGCCUGUGGUACGCACUGAACAAGGACGAGGACGCCAAGUCUGCUGUAACGAGGUUUCAAGAUGACAUCGAGCAGGACAAGGAGGACCUUCCGAUGCCGUGGUACAUGGAGCAAAAUGUCAAGCCAAUCUGGAACGAUGCAGACCUGGGAAAGCGCCAGGAUCUUCUCUGGGGCCUGCUUCAGCUGUAUGCCGAGCCGAAUACCGACGUCGAGGCCGUUCUACGUCCCGAAAACUCUCAAUUGUCGCCUGUGGAUGGUAGACUUACCUGGCAACUUGGCCAGGCUCUUCUGUCAACAGGCAAGGUGUCAUACGGAAAAGACGGCGCCGCCAAGGCCGAUGCUGCAACGGCCGCUUAUGCUGCGCAGCUGACCAGCGGCGGCGAAUGGUUGGAGGCCAUUUUUGUCCUACUGCAUCUCCGUGACGCGACCGCUCGCAAGCAUGCUCUCCAGGAGCACCUCUGCCGCCACGCCGCCCGUAUCGGUGCCGAAAACGGACCCAACUUUACAACUCUGACGGAGAAGCUGCUGAUUCCCGCCAGCUGGAUCUGGGAAGCUCUGGCGCUGUACAUGCGCAGUGUGCAGAAGGAUGCCUCGGGUGAGGUGCAGUGCCUGCUCCGCGCCGGUUCCUAUGAGGAGGCGCACCGCGUGCUGGUGAACCAAGUCGCUCCCCGUGCGAUUGUGGAGCGCAACUACGCCGGCUUGUCUGAACUCCUCUCGCAGUUCGAGGGCCGACAAGACAAUAUAUCGGAAUGGUCCGCUGGCGGUGAGAUUUACGGCUACUUCAUGGCCUUGAUGAAGCACCGCAGCAACAAGGAAAGCAUCCCAUCUACGCUACUGGAAAGACUGCUCGCUGGGUUGCACGCCAUGAGCGAGAGCGGUCCCGACCGGGAGAUUCUGCGCUAUGCCGCCGUUUCCGACAUGGCGGAUGAGACGGCGAGAGAAAUCCUCAAGAUGGCGCAAAAGAAGCAGGAUAUGGAUCUCCGUUCGAGAAUCUUGCAUCUGCCGCUGACGCAGGACCGACUUCUUGCCUACUCUGUGGACCUGGGUCUCGACAGAUAUCGUGAGGUUGUGUCUCACUAG